GGCACAUUCGCAGCGCUGGCCAUAAUGACCGGUGCGAUCAUAGCUCAGGUGCGGGACAGUGAACGCCAUAUGGCUAUGCAAACCACACAUAUGUUGGCAUUUCUCCGUAAUAGCAGCGCCACUGAGGGCUCGGCCACCGAUACCCCCCACCAACUGCCCCACUAUACCAACGCAGAGAUUGCCAUUUGUUGCUCCUUUGUUGUCGGCUGUUAUCAACUCAUUUUUGGAUUUCUACGGCUGGGUUUUGUAUCGGUGUAUAUGUCGGAGCAGUUUCUAAACGGGUUUACUUGUGCGGUGGCCUAUCACGUGGUGGGCUCCCAAUUUCAGCACAUGUUCGGCAUAGACACCGGCCACCAGAGUCACGGAGUGUUUUCCUUGGCCCGGGAGGUGCUCGAUGUGAUGGCCAACAUAUCGCACACAAACAUUGUGGCACUCGGCCUCUCCAUAGGCUGUGCCCUUAUAUUGCUGUUCUUUAAGAUUUAUUUCAACGAUUAUAUUAAACAAAAAUUUAAUGUUAAAGUGCCAUUCCCAAUCGAAAUAUUCAUCGUGAUUGGCUCGGUAAUCGCGUCAAACCUACUGGACCUCGAGCACAAACACAACAUCAAAGUGGUCGGGCACAUCGACCGGGGUCUGCCCUCGCCGGUGGCCCCGUGGGACUACUGGCCACUGUUGCGGCUAAUAUGGGUGCCCUGUAUAGGGGUCUCCGUUGUGUCGUACGCCAUCACCUUCUCUGUGGGCAAAUCAUUUGCUAUGAAACACGACUACGAGAUUGACAGCAGUCAGGAGCUGAUAGCACUGGGAGGCAGUAACUUGUUUUCAUCAUUCUUCCGGUGCAUACCUGUGGGCGCAUCCCUGAGCCGAUCGGCCGUCCAGGAGAGCUCCGGCGGCCGCACACAACUCGUAUCCAUAAUCAAUUGUUUUGGCAUUUGUGCCGUUUUGCUCUAUUUCGGGGCAUUUCUCGAACAGCUGCCCGACGCAGUGUUGGCCACCAUUAUAUCGGUAGCCCUACGAGUGAUGCUAUUAGAGGUCCGGCUGUUUAAAAACUAUUGGGAUGUCAGCAAAAUAGACGGGUCCAUAUGGUUGGUGACAUUCCUGUCGGUGAUUAUAUUGGACAUCGACUACGGGCUGUACAUCGGGCUCAUAUGGUCGCUAAUUACCCUGAUAUACAAGUCUCAACGGCCGCGUAACUACCUGUUGGGCACCGUUGGCGACCAGACCGACGUGUUUGUACCGCUCGGCAAAUACGUGAACGCCCGGGAAGUGCCCGGCAUUAAAAUAUACCAGUUCUGUGGCCCACUGCACUUUGCCAAUGUCGACUAUUUCAUCGAGGGCCUCGAGCACAAAAUAGGCUUCUCACCCAAAGAAAUAAAGCGAAAAUUAGCCAAACUUGAGAAAAGUGAGAAAAACCACAACAAAAACACUGGCGAAAAGCCUAAAACCGCGGACACCUAUAACGUUAAACACCGGACAACAACUCAUGUCAACCCUACCAUCGACGGGGUAGAGCUGCGAGUGCCGGCAAACACCGGGACGGGAACGGGACCGGGAGUGGUGGGGCUGAGGGCCAAACUGCCCACACAUCUAAUCAUAGACUGUUCAAUGUUUUCAUACAUCGACACCAAUGGCAUCAAAACGCUGAAGAGGACAAUCGCCGACUACGGCUCAGUCGGUCUCAAGACACUGCUCGGCGGCUGUCCCUCACACGUGACCAAACAACUUGAGCGUGAUCAUUUUUACGCGGCCGUACCCGCCAAUCAUAUAUACAUUAGUAUCUAUGAUGCCAUACAACACGCUGUGCAACAGCAGCGAUCCCAAGGUGGUGGAGGGGGUCGUAAUAAUGGCAGCUUAUUGGUGGCCCAAAAUAAUCUAGGUAAAAAUGUGACGGCAAAUGGUACGGUCACCGUGAAUGGCAAUGGUGUGGGCAUUCAUAAUAGGGCCUAUGAUGAUGAUGGUUUCGAUGAGAUCAGGAUCGAUUUUGAGCCCAUUUGUACGCCCCCUGUAGGCGGUGGUCGUGGGGUUGCGAAACGUACCGAUGCUGAUAGUAUUGAUAGUAUGGAUGAUGAUGGUGGUCGCCAACGGGAGACCACGUUUUAUUAUUGA